AAGCGAUCGUAAGUGACAUAACCUAAAUUUGCUCAAUCUCGUAAUAAAAUGGUCGGUGUUGGAAUUUUCAAUUUAAAUAAGUUAGACAUGGAGGCGUGUUGCAACUACUUGUACCCUCCGUCUUUCGAUUUCUUGCGUUUGUACCGCAUGCAGCUAGCUGCCCCCGUUCCCAUCCCUAUAAUCAGCGAUGAGGUGCCUCCCGACUUGCCGAGUUUCCUGGGGCGCGAUUACCACGGGGCUAUCUCGCACAUCCAGGCACAGAAUCUCCUCAGCCCUCAUGAAAACGGGGCUUACCUGGUUCGCAGCAGCCGCUCGGCCAACGGCCAAUUCCACACACUGAGUCUCAAAUUUAACGAUAAAAUUCAUCAUUACAAACUUUUCUACGAUCCAAAUACUGGGUUGUACGUCCGGGAAAAACGCUAUGAUUGUGUUAGGUCUUUGGUGGCUGAUGGAUUAGUCACGAUGUAUCUGGAAUUGAAAGCUCCACUAAUUUUGCAAAGACUUGCCACUGCCAACUAUCAAGAGAGCCCCUACAUGACGUUAAAUAAGCGCAAGUUGAGGGCGUUGAGUAAAGAGCAUGCCAAAAAUAAAAAUUAUGUGAAAGAUUUAAACAUUCCGCCAAAUAUUCCAUUAAGUCAGCAAAUACUAGGACCUAAUUUUCCAGAAAAAUACGAAAAACAACACGUGUUUAAAUUGACGACGUUUAAGGGUCUUAAUUGGUGCGAAUUGUGUGGGAACUUCUUGUGGGGUUUUACAUUUCAAGGAAAAAGAUGUGAUGAUUGUGGAAUGAUUGCUCAUGUUCGGUGUUCUGAGAAAUUUCCCAACGACUGUGUUCCUGAUUUGAAAUAUCUACGGGGCGUAUUUGGCAUUGAACUAACGACACUUUUAACAGCUCACAACGCCAAAUUACCAUUCGUUGUAACAAAAUGUGUGGCGGAAGUUGAAGCCAGAGGUCUUACAACGGAAGGAAUUUAUCGUUUGAGUGGUUUUGCUGAAGAAAUCGAAGCAAUUAAAAUGGCUUUUGAUAAAGAUGGUGAAAAAGCCGACUUAAGUCAGGAAAAAUAUCCAAACGUCAAUGUGAUCACAGGAGCGUUAAAAUCGUAUCUAAGACUUUUGCCGAUUCCUCUCAUUACAUUUAUCGUUCAUCCACUUCUAAUUGACGCAAUGCAACACAAAAAUCACGAUUUGAAAAUAUCAUCGGUUAAACAUGCUCUUAAAUCUUUGCCCAAACCACAUUACGACACUUUGAAAUAUAUGAUUGAACAUUUGCACAGAGUAUCUUUGCAUUCGGCGAUAAACAAAAUGAAUUCUCACAACUUAGCCACUGUUUUUGCUCCGACUUUAAUUGGACCAAGCGAAUCUGCAAGCGACGUAAUGCCUGACAUGACAAGUGAUAUUUUAUUAAUUGAAACUCUUAUCACACAUUGUGAACGUAUUUUUAAAAAUUAAGCAAAAAAAAGACAACUAUUUUGUAGUUUUAUGCUCUCUGCUCUGUUCGGUUUCAUAUUUAUUCCAUUAGGUGCAAAUAAAAUUGUGAUUAUUUAUUUGUGAUAUGAUCUAAAACGAUAUUAUAAGUAUUAUAGGUACUAGUAGUAUUUCUACCAUUUGUAAUCUCACGUACUUUUUAUUAUCCUUACAAUACACUUGCAAUUGUAUAAAAACAUUUUUGAAAUAAAAGUUUUAAACACAAUUAUUUUC